AUGCGUGCAGGGUUCGCUGCACUCAAACUGCAGAGCAAGACAGUACCUGAGGACGACGCAACAUCAGCAACUCCGGAGACCAAUUCGGCAACAAUAGGUGCCACAUCAGCAUUCCCCAUGCCCACUUUUGAUGGCACAGAGGCCCUUGCGUGGCUAGCAAGGGCAGAGCAAUAUUUUCUGAUCUCGGAGACUUCACUCGAGAAACGGGUGGGCGUCGCCAUGGUGGCACUGGCGGGCCCAGCCCUUCCCUGGUACCAGCUGCUGCGGAAACGGAUUCCCGACCUCACUUGGGCCCGGUUCGCACGGGAGUUAAUGAAACGUUUCGGGGGGAAUGGAGCCCUGGACGAAUACAAGGCUUUAGCGGCUGUACGACACACAGGUUCUCUCGCUGAAUAUGUAGCAGCUUUCGAAGCACGUCUCGCACAAGUUCCGAAUAUAUCAUGCCAUCAAUAUUUGGGGUUCUUUAUGGCAGCCCUUCGCCCUGAGGUCCGCCUCCAGAUGAAGGCCGCCAAGAUCACUUCCUACGAGGAUGCCGUCGAACUAGCUUUGGACAUCGACAUGCUGGCAACAGCCCAACCUUCGCGGUCAGCGCCGGCCCUCUCCCACAAUCCGAUGCCUGCCUACACAGGUCAACCGGGACGCUCAUUCUCGAAGGGGCACUCGCACUCCCCCUCUCAAUUUUCUUCCACCGGUUCCUCCCGCCCAGUUUCCAAACGUUUCCGAAACGUGUCGCCGGAGGAAUAUCGGAAGCAUAUCGCGGCUGGUACCUGUGUCAAGUGCGGCCUAAAGUUUGGGCCAACCCACAGAUGUCCUCCUAAGACCAUCAAUGUUCUUAUCUGCGAGGACAACGACGGAACCGAGGAUGACAAUGAGUUCGACGACACGGAGGAAGUGGAUGCAAAAGUGGAGUUGCAGCUGUCCGAAUUAUCUCUAAAUGGGCUUGAUACAUCCAAUACCAUGAAGCUAUUUGGGGAGAUCAGUUCAUGGAAAAUUAAGGUGAUGGUGGAUACUGGCGCCAGCCACUGUUUUAUUUCUGAGCAGCUCGCGCAGCAGCUGCAGUUUCCCGUCACUCCCACGGCGCCAUAUUCAGUUAUUUUGGGAAAUGGGACCACUCGCCGAGCAGCAGGGAUUUGUCGCGGAGUUCCGCUGGUCUUGGAAAAGGAAAUGUUUGCGGUAUCAUGCUACAUUUUUCCACUCCGGAAUAUAGAUAUUAUCUUGGGAGUACCAUGGCUCGCGUCCCUCGGUAAUGUGAUGGCUAACUGGCAGAAUUCCUCUAUGAUUUUUGCAGUAGACGGCCGUACAGUUUCCAUUAAAGGUGACCCAACUCUUAUGCGGCGUGCGUGUUCAACGCAGGAUCCUUGGAUGAAGAGGACUGUUGCUGGGUCCUCCGAUAUGUCGAAACAGAGACGACGCCCGUCCUAUUCGGGAUUGACGACGCAUUGCCACCAGAUGCCCGAUCCCAGCUGCUGCAGCUCGUGUCGGAAUUUCCAUCUAUCACGCAGUCAGCAGGCUGCCUGCCCCCCAGCCGUAGCGUGGACCACCAAAUUCCACUAUUACCAGGAGUUACUAGACGAAUUGCAUGGCGCGCGUUGGUUCAGCAAAAUUGACUUAAAGGCGGGUUAUCACCAGAUCCGCGUGGUUGCCGCGGAUAUCCAUAAGACAGCGUUCCGCACGCAUUCGGGCCAUUACGAGUUUCUCGUCAUGCCCUUCGGCCUAACCAACGCCCCAGCCACUUUUCAGAGCUUGAUGAACGAUAUAUUCCUGCCAUCCUUGCGCAAGUUCGUCCUGGAUUUCUUUGACGACAUCUUGAUUUACAGCAAAUCGUGGGAGGCCCAUUGUAACAGCCCGACAUUUCUAGGGUAUAAUAAAUGCGGCGACUGCUACUUAGGCGAACUUAAAAGCAACAAGAACAGAGACUAG